AUGGAUAAAAGUUGGAUCGAUCUACCCACUGGUCAUCAUGAAUAUAUCGACGGUUGUAUGGAAUUUAUUGAGUUUGCCAAGCAAGAUCUAGUCGAAGGAAAAAUUAGAUGUCCAUGUAAGAACUGUAAGGUAGAGAAAUGGUUCUCCGUAAAUGAAGUGGAGAGGCAUAUUUUGUUUAAGGGAUUUUAUAAGCCAUAUAAGGAUUGGAUUUUUCAUGGUAAAGGGGAUACGUUUCAGCGUAUGUUUGAGAGUGAUGGAGGGAUUACUAGUGAAGGAUCCCUUGAUAACCAAAGUGGGUUUGUAGGUCGAGAUAAUAUGGGAGGGCUAUUAAGAUCAGCAUUUAGUGUUAAUAUGCCUCCCAAUUGCCCAAAUUUAGAAGCACGAGAGGAUGAUGAAUGGAUUGAGGAGCCCUUGGCCUAUGACACAGAUGUAGAAUAUGAUUAUUCUACAAUAGAAGAAGAUGUGACAUAUAAGAAGUUGCUUGAAGCUUCUGAGGAGAAAUUGUACGAGGGGUGUAUCAAUUUUUCAAAGUUAUCUUUUCUGUUACACUUGUUUCACUUGAAGUGUAUGAAUCACUGGUCCAUAGAAUCUUUCAAUAUGUUGUUGAAGCUAAUUCUAGAUGCAUUUCCUCAAAUACUUGAUUUUCCCUCUUCUUAUUAUUACAGUAAGAAAAUGAUAAAAGACUUGGGCCUUGGGUAUGAAAAGAUUGAUGCUUGUCCGAAUAAUUGCAUGUUGUAUUGGGGUGAAUUUUUAAAGAAAGACAAAUGUCAUGUUUGUGGUACAUCGAGGUGGAAGAAAACUAAGGAUAGGGGCAACGUUGUAAGUGAUCAAGGUACGGAUACUUGUAAGAAAGGUGUGCCAGCUAAGGUAAUGCGAUAUUUCCCUCUUAUACCGAGACUAAAAAGAAUCUACAUGUCAUCAUCAACAGCAGAAGAUAUGAGAUGGCAUGAUACAGAGCGAUUGGGUGAAGAUGAUAAGAAGAUUUUAAGGCAUCCUUCAGAUGGCUUAGCAUGGAAGGCAUUUGAUGAGCGUCGCAGUGAUUUUGCAUUAGACCCUCGUAGUGUUCGAUUAGGUCUUGCGAGUGAUGGUUUUAAUCCUUACCGUUUAAUGAACACCACUUAUAGUACGUGGCCAGUGAUGUUGAUUCCUUAUAAUCUUCCACCAUGGUUAUGUAUGAAACCGUCUUCUUUCAUUCUGUCCACGCUUAUUCCUGGAAAAUCAGGUCCCGGAAAUGAUAUUGACGUGUAUCUGCAGCCAUUAGUGCAUGAAUUGAAAUUGCUGUGGACAGGGGUUGAAGCUUUUGAUGCUUUUGCCGGAGAGAAAUUUAAUUUGCGUGCGGCUUUGCUUUGGACUAUUAAUGACUUUCCCGGCUAUGCAAUGCUCUCUGGUUUGAGCACAAAAGAUCACCCAUAUCGAUGUCAAGGUGACAAGUUUUGUGAGAAGUUUGGAACUAAUGAGUGGGGUAAAGCCCCAUCUCGUCCUAGCGGCACUGAUAUAUUGAGGCAGCAAGAAAAGGUGAAGCAUGUUUACGGAAAGUCGAAGGCACCACCGAAAAAGAGGCAAAGAGGACACGAUGAUGACGAUGAUGUCCAAGAUGAAAGUGACUUUGGUACCAAGAGAAGCAUAUUCUUUGAUUUGGUGUAUUGGGAGCAUAAUCUUCUAAGGCAUAAUUUAGAUGUGAUGCACAUUGAGAAAAACGUGUCUGAGAAUAUUUUGGGAACUCUUCUUAGCAUGGAUAAGAAUAGAGAUAGUAGGAAUGAUCGAGAAGCCCUUGAAGCAUGGAGAAUAAAGUCUCACCUUUGGCUGAGUACUAAUCCUAACGGAGGUGAAUGCAUGCCUCCGGCUUCCUAUUCUAUGUCUACGGAGGAGAAGGAGAGGUUCCUAAAUGUUUUGCAGAAAAUUAAAGUUCCUGAUGGAUAUGGAUCCAACCUUUCUAGUUGUGUGAAUAUGAAGCAAAGGAAGUUGAUUAACCUCAAAAGUCAUGACAACCAUGUUCUAGUGCAGGAUAUCCUUCCCGUUGCCUUAAGGGCCUCUAAAGCUACAAAAGUAAUUGACUUGUUGGCUAGAUUGUCUUCCUUUUUCAAGAAGUUGUGCUCUACAACUAUUGAUCCAGAUGAUUUAGAUGGUCUUCAAAAUGAAAUUAUUUUAACUCUUUGUGAGUUGGAAAAGGAGUUUUUGCCUUCAUUUUUCACAAUCAUGGUCCAUUUGUUGAUUCACUUAGUGGAGGAGGUUAAACUUGGUGGACCAGUGCAAUACAGAUGGAUGUAUCCCAUUGAAAGGUACUUGUCCCAUUUGAAAUCACAUGUAACCAAUAAAGCCCAACCUGAAGGAUCUAUUGCAGAAGGCUUCCUUUUAGAGGAGACAAUUAGGUUUUGUUCGAGAUAUCUUCAAGGUGUUAAGACCAUUUUCAACAUACCUAAAAGGAUGGAUGAUGACAUUCCAAAUCCCAAUGAUUACUUGUUUAAUUCUGGUGGUCGAGUUAUUGGGAAGGAGGUCAGCAUUCGCCUUGAUGACAAAAGCUUAAAACAAGCUCAUCGCUACAUUUUGCUUCACUCUGAUGAGAUAAAAGGGGAUCUGGAUGAAUUUUUAACCGAGAAACGUCAAAUGAACUUACAAAAUCCAGUCACGGAGAGUGAUGAAAGUAACUGGAUCAUCAAUGAGUUUGGAGGGUGGCUGCAAAAUAAGGUACAUUACAUAGAUGCAACCACCGAAGAUGGGAAACUAAGAAAAGCUUUGGCGGGUGGUUUGCAUUCUUAUGGUAGAAAAUUAAAAGGAUACAUAAUCAAUGGAUACAAAUUCCUUUCCACGGAUCGCGAUUCUCGUCUUUUGACACAAAAUUCUGGAAUUAUGGUCGAAGCGGAUGGAGAUGCCUACUAUGGAAAAGUGAAAGAUAUCUAUGAAUUAGAUUAUUACGGAGAUUACAAAGUUGUAUUGUUUCGUUGUGAUUGGGUAGACAUUCAUAGGGGUGUAAAAGCAUAUCCAAAUGGCGGAGUAUGUGUCAAUUUCUCUAAAUUGAUGUAUUCUGGACGAUUGUUGCAAGAUGAUCCAUUUGUAUUCUCAUCUCAAGCAAAACAAGUUUUUUACAUAGAAGAUGAGAUACAAAAGGGAUGGUUGCAUGUUGUUAAGAACAAGCCUAGAGAUGUGUUUGAUUUAGGGGAUUCUUUACCAGUAGAGGAAGAGGGUGGAACCAAUUGA